AUGGGAAACCCCACGAAGCGGUGGUCGGGCGCCGUGAUUCGGCGGGAGUUCUUCAAACACUUUGGGGAACUCGAGCGGUGGUACUCUAGCCCACUUAUUUUGGUGGAAGACUUCAAAGCGCCAUUACUUCAAACAGCAAUGAACCGAUUCAAGCAGUCGUUUAUGGCAGAUCUGCCAUCUGGCGAAGGCAGCACAUUCUCCUUCAAAUGUCUUCGCAUAGGUGAUACCCUAGAGGACUUCAAUGACACACGGUACCAUUCCCUUACUGAACUCCUUGGGACUUGGCACCCGGGGGAACACAGGAGGGAAGUGAUCUUAAAUCUGCUGGAAUUUCUACAGGAGGAGUGUGGGUUAGGAAAGGAGUGCAUUUAUGCUACCUACUUUGCUGGUGAUGAAAAUUUCGAUGCUGAUACUGAGUGCAGGGAUAUUAUGUUGGAAUUUCUACCAAAAGAAAAUGUGUCCAGCUCCACUGUCAAGGGUAGCUUCUGGAAUGUUGAUGGUAGUGGGCCCUGUGGGCCAUGUUUAGGGAUUUACUUCGAUUGUAGUGACCUUGCGUAUGAGGCCAGGGAUCCUUGGACACGCAUAAGCCUGAAUCAUCGAACUAUCCCGCAGAUAUGGAGUCUGGUCUUUGUUCAGCAUGCAUGCGAACGAAUCGAAGCAUACAAUUUUUAUGUUGAUUCUGAAGCAGUUACUUGUCCUGAAGAUACUGAUCAAAUUGGAAUGGCCUAUCGAAUUAUCGCGAAUCACUUAAGGAUAAUAUCGGUUGCUACUACUUAUGGUACACAAAUCGGCGAUCACGGAAGGGAGUAUCUCCUUAAGCUUAUCGAUAGGCGGGGGAUUGAACUCAGCAUUGAAAAACUGGGGAUACAUCAAAGCUCCUAUGCUAAGCUUGUGAAGGGAUGCAUUGAAGAGAUGGCUGAUUUCAUUCCUGAAAUUUUUCCUACUAAAGGGAAGUUAAAACAAGAGAAGUUAAACAAAAUAGUUAAAGAUGAAGUUGAUAUCCACAAAAGUACCUGGACUGAGAUUGCAACCAAGAAAACCAGGGGUCAGGCAGAAGAUGAUUUAAAGCCCAGCCAUCCCACAACGUGGUACAAGAUAAGAGGGAUCAAGUUUUUGGAUCAUAACACACAUAUUGUCCACAAGGAUAGGAAUACAAAAUGCACUCUUGUUGCCUUGUGGCAAUGCUCUUCUGCUUGGGGGCAAGAUAUCUUUGGGAGCAAAUAUGACCCAGAUCUCAGAGGGCCAUCUACUUCAUCUUGUCCAACAUAA